AUGUUCUGUCUUCUUGUACCCCUCUCACUACUUUGGUGUUUAUAUUUCUUUUUUUUUUUCUAUUUCCCUCUUAAAUGGCUUUACAGUUAUUUGCGGUGUGUUUCUUCGUUUACCUCGCUUUUUUCUUCUUACUUUUUAUACUUUUCUUUCCGCAUCUAUAUAUCUCUCUCUCGCUUCAUAUAUCAGUCUCGAUAUAUCCCUCUCUUCAUAUUUGUCUCGAUAUCAGUGUCCCUAUCUCUGUCUCGACAUCUCUGUUCAUAUGUUGGUAAAGAUAUCCCUGACUAUUUCCUGUCUCGAUACGUCUCUCCGCAUCUCUUUCUCGAUAUACGCGUUGAUAUCUAUGUCUCCAUAUUUCAGUCCAUAUUGCUCUUGAUAUCUCUGUUCCUAUCUCGUUUAUAUCUAUCUCACUAUAGCUACUUACCUAACUAUAUCUAUCUUUCUAUAUAUACCUACCUAUACCUAUCUCUCUAUCUCUCUCUACCUACCUAUAUCUCUCUCACUAUAUCUAUCCUCCUACCUAUACUCUCUCUCUCUAUCUACCUCUCUUAG